GAGUCCCAGAGAAAGGGAGACCAAGUUGGGCUGGGCCGGGCCCCACCAACCCGGGCCCCCCUGGUCCCGGAGGACGGCCCCCCUCCCGAGCCAAGAUGUCCCAGCUGUCUGUCAAGGAACAUCUGGAUGGGAUUCUCUCCGACUUUGAAGCCCUAAAGAGGUCAUUCGAUAUGGAAGAUGCCGAAGACGUCCCAGCUUUCUCUCCCGCCGCCCCGCCCCGCUCCCCUCUUGGCCCCAGCCUCCCUGGCGUCAUCCUAGCCACCGGCAACGGAGAAGGGAGGCGAGCGGGCGGUCCCGUCCAGCCCGGCUACCCGUCCCACGUCAGCCUCAGCUCCGAUCCCAGCCCGGCUCAGAGCCCCGUCCUCAAGACCAGGAUCACCAGCAGCCUCUCGUUCAACCGAGGCACCGUCCACCUGGCUCGGGCCAACGGGAGCCACCUCACCCGAGUCUCCUCGUUCCAAACCCGCCUGAACCCCAACGGAUUCUCCUCCUCCUUGGGGCCCGGUAGCGACAACGAGAGCCUCCACAGCUCUUCCUCCAGCUUGGAGUGCCCGACCCAGGUCAAGAGCCUUCCGAAUGUGACCCCGCAGUCCGAGUCCCCCGGCCUCGGAGUCUCCCAAGGGCCCAGUCCCGCGCUGAAGAAAUUCUUCUCGCACGGCAACGUCUUCCACACUGAGGCCGACCGGCCCGUCCAGCCGGUCCCCAAGGCGACCGCCAACUGUGGCUCGCUGCCGUCGCUGGACCUGCAUAUCGCCGAAGACCCGGGGGCCGUCCCCGGCCUCGGCCCGACCUUAACCGCCGGCCCCGCCGCCACGCCGAGCCCCGGUGGCCAAAACUGCGUCGCACCUCUGUCAAAGACCGUCGCGACAAAGGAAUCUCCUGCCCCACCCUUGGAGAUCUGCCAGUUGGCACACGGGACCCCCCCUGCCUCGGCUGCCAGGCAGACAGUCAAGUUGCAGAAGUUCCCCAUCAGCUUAGACGGUUUGAUUGAGAAGACAGAUGAAGCGGCCGUUCCGGCACCCGCGCAUGACUUGGCACCGAAGCCUUUGCCAAGGACACAGAUCCACGUCAAUCUCAGCACCAGUCCCGGCUUGCCCCGGCAAGUCAAGGAGAUAACCAAGGAGGAUAGAGCUGUUCUUGCAGGCACUGGUCUCACGUCACCCUCUCCGGGACGGCUUCCCGGAGCAGGAAGUUCGGCGUCCCCUCCUCGGCCUGCUUCCUACCGACUCGUCCCGCCACCUCAGACAGGGCUAGUCGCUUCCCAGCAAUCCUUUCCAGGGGCCCCACCGAAGGGCCCUACCCAAGGGACCCCAGCCCCAGCUGGCCCAAGAGAACGCAGCAGUGCCACGGCUAAGAGGUUCGAUUCCAGACCCAGCCAAGGGGCGUCCCAGCUUCAGACUCCCGCGCCUGCUUCUUGCGCAAAGGAAGAGCCCCUCACGUUGGCAAACAGACCUCUGGAGGCCUCUCCUGGGAAGAAGGAAUCGGAGAGGAAGGCCUUGCUGAAGGAAGAAAGCGUUCCGGAGCCUUUGCGGAUUAGCAUGGAGGACCCGCCGGCUCGAGGGCCGCCGUCCCUGGACGCCCCUGGCCCAGGCCCCGGGGACCGGGAGCUGUUCGGCUACGUGGGGAUCGAGGCGGUGCUGGAUCAGAUGCGGAUCAAGACCAUGAAGACGGGGUUCGAGUUCAACAUCAUGGUUGUAGGACAGAGCGGCCUGGGGAAGUCAACCAUGGUGAACACCCUUUUCAAAUCCAAGGUCAGCCGCAAGUCCUCCUGCGUGAGUUACGAGGAACGCAUUCCGAAGACGGUACAGCUGCAAUCUGUCACCCACGUCAUCGAAGAGAAGGGCGUGAAGAUGAAGCUGACGGUGACGGACACACCGGGAUUUGGGGAUCUAAUUAACAAUCAAAACUGCUGGGAGCCGAUCCUGGAGUACAUCAACGACCAAUACGAGCGCUACUUACGGGAAGAGACCCUCAUCAACCGCAAGAGGAAAAUCCCUGACACACGUGUCCACGCCUGCGUGUAUUUCGUGCCGCCCACAGGCCACUGGGGUGAGAAGAUCCAAAAGGACCUGAAGGCUCACGGCAUCAGCGUGUACCCCCAGGAGGAGUUUGACGAUGACUCCGACGACAGGCUUUUGAAUGACAAGAUACGGGAGAAGAUCCCUUUUGCCGUGGUGGGAGCGGACAAGGAGCACCAGGUGAACGGGAAGAAAGUCUUGGGCCGCAAGACCAAGUGGGGAAUCAUUGAAGUGGAGAACCCGGCCCACUGCGAGUUUCCUCUGCUGCGGGACCUCCUAAUCCGGUCUCACCUCCAGGACCUCAAAGAGAUAACCCACGCAGUGCAUUACGAGCGAUACCGCAUGUACCGCCUCAACAAGAGCAACCUGCCGGCCAAGGGCAGCGAGCGACUGGGCUCGGUCAACGGGGAGCCGGAAAGUCACCUCUGAACUGUGGGAGGCAGCACAGCCUCGUGCCCCUUCCCCUACCCCGUGGACUUACUUCUUUGUCCUCCUGAGCAAAAUUCCUGCGAGACAUACCCCCCUGCCUGCCCCUUCCCCUACCCCUACUGAGCAUAUGUAGCCUCUCUGACUUUGAAGCGGCAGCCAAAGUACUGGACGCCUUCCCCUUCCACCUGUCUUCCUCACAGUUAAAUGCCUCGGGACCCUUGAAGGAUGGGACCAUUCAGCCACCAGCUUCCCUGGGAGUUUCACCCGAUUCCUUUGCCCGGUCUCUCGUUCUCCCAGAAAGAUCCCUUCCCAUUGUCCCCUUCCGGGGGGACAAUCAGUUUGGCCUGCGCUCGCUCAGAUUAUCCCUAUCAUCUGUCGGCAGUUUCUACCCUAGACCCCGACACUACUCCACCAUCUCAUCCUCUUUCCCCUUCUUGCCAAGCACUGGAGGCCUUAAGAUGACCCCGUUUCUGCUCACCGUUCACCCGAGAACACCUGUGGGCAUCUGAAGGGUCCGCGCCGCACGCUGCCCGUAAUCUCUCCGAGCGAGGUUGGAACACCCGCCGACUGUUUCCGAGUUCUGUACAUACAGUGGCCGUUUUGCCACAGAGACAAUUUUCUCGGCCUCUGAUGUUCUUCCGGGACUUGGGCCAGUUCUUCGGACUUCUCUCCCUGACUCGUAAGGAUUCGGGAUCGGGGGGCAGAUUGGUGA